GCGGAAGUGCAGCUGCCGCCACCACCGCUGCUGUCGCCGCCGCCGCCGCCGCCGAUUCCGGAGCCCGGUAGCUGCUGCCGCCGCCACUGCAGCUACGGUCGCCGCCGCCGCCGCUGCCGCCACCGCCGCCUCAGGAGUGGGCCUGGGAGAGACGUAGUCGCCGCCCUCCGAGCUUCCCGGAAGCGCCUUUGCUCCCUACCGUCCUCCACGGAAUGACCAUGGACAAAAGUGAGCUGGUACAGAAAGCCAAACUUGCUGAGCAAGCUGAGCGCUAUGAUGAUAUGGCUGCAGCUAUGAAGGCCGUAACAGAACAGGGACAUGAACUCUCCAAUGAAGAGAGGAAUCUACUCUCUGUUGCCUACAAGAAUGUGGUAGGUGCCCGCCGUUCUUCCUGGCGUGUCAUCUCCAGCAUCGAACAGAAGACAGAGCGGAAUGAGAAGAAACAGCAGAUGGGCAAAGAGUACCGGGAGAAGAUAGAGGCUGAGCUGCAGGACAUCUGCAAUGACGUGCUGGAGCUGUUGGACAAAUAUCUUAUUCCUAAUGCUACGCAGCCAGAAAGCAAGGUGUUCUACUUGAAAAUGAAAGGAGACUAUUUUAGGUAUCUUUCUGAGGUUGCAUCUGGAGACAAUAAACAAACCACUGUGUCGAACUCUCAGCAGGCUUACCAAGAAGCAUUUGAAAUUAGUAAGAAAGAAAUGCAGCCUACACACCCGAUCCGACUUGGCCUGGCGCUGAAUUUCUCAGUCUUUUACUAUGAGAUUCUAAACUCUCCUGAAAAGGCCUGCAGCCUGGCCAAAACGGCAUUUGAUGAAGCAAUUGCUGAAUUGGAUACGCUGAAUGAAGAGUCUUACAAAGACAGCACCCUGAUCAUGCAGCUGCUCAGGGACAACCUCACUCUCUGGACAUCAGAAAACCAGGGAGAUGAAGGAGAUGCUGGAGAGGGAGAAAACUAAUGUCUGUCGUCAUGCUUUGUGAUCUCUUUGGUGUCACUCUGUAUCCUCCACAUUAUAUCCCUUUGUUCGAUAAACAAAAACAAAAAAAUCGAAUGUUGACUUUCGAUUUUUCACAGCCUAAGCCUAGCAAAAAUGGUCCCUGGGAUAAACAGCUGGUAUUUGUAUCUAAAACUCAGACUGGUCCCUUAAAUGCCACGGCAUUUCUGAAGUCUUGAUUUUUGAUCAAUAUUGACAAGGAUUACUGUAUGUUUAAUUUUUACAAACUGAACACUGUGAUUAUGGGGUUUUGUAAUUUAGCAGAGCUCUUACUGGUAGGAAAAAUAGACCUGAAUUAUGUAUAACUUUUUGGAAAGUUUAAUCUGAUAUCAAAAUAGUCACUGAAAAUACAAUUCUGUUGUAAAGUUGUACAGAAAGUUCUAGAGAUUCUGUUAUGAUGACGGGACUUAGGGUGAGAUGCUUACCAUUGGCACCCUGAGUUUGGUGACUCACGAUAAUUCUGCCUAUGGUUGAUGGCUUAUUGACGCUUGAUCAAUAUGGGCUGUUGCCACUCAAAAGUUCAUGACCACAAAUAUCUUCAGUGUCUUCUGAGGAAACUCAAAACCUGAAAGUGAAAUUCUUUGGCUGAUAAUUGAUCUAUGACACCACACACAAGGUCCCGUGCUCAUACCACAUGUGUGACUAAACCCCGUUACUACAGCAGUGUGUUCCUGAUUAGCAACUUGUGAAAACAGAGAUCUGUUUCUGUUACCCCCUAGCUAAAGGAGAGAAAAAGAGAGCAGUCUAUCUUAGGAAUGGCCAUACUAGUUUGCUGGAUAAUUCCUUGAAGGAUACUGUUCUGUGGACUCAAAACGCAGUAGUGAGUGUGGACCCAUCUGUGGAGAUGGUCUCUUGCCUGAGGAGCACUCCUAGUCUAGGGGUCUUCCUAGCUUGGAGGGUGGGAACUUUGAGAUUUAACAUUCUUUCCGUCCUGUCCUUCUGGCUGCUGACUUUGGUUUUCUCCUCUUUAAAUUUACAGCUUUCUGCUUCCUUGGGUGUUUUCUUUUGGAAGCCUUUAUUUGUUGUUACUGUAUGGACAGGGGCGAGGCAUUGAGCACAUUGGGGAGCAAGCCUUGCUUCAAGGUGCUGGGAAAGGUGGCCUGCCAGCACCGUCACCCCGUCUUCCUGCAGCUCUCGGCACAGUUGUUCUUCAUUCCAUGACUCGAAUCAAAAGAAGUCUCUUUAAGUAGCCAUGAUUUCUCCCUAUUGCAAUCAGCCCUGACAAUGCUUGUUAGUACCUGUCACCGGACCCUCCCCGUGUACCCAUCCAGCUUAGUCUCAGACAUGCCGAAACAAGACCCUAUACCACAGGGAAGUUGCAUGGACACUACAGUAGAGCGCUCCAACAACAGCCAGGCCUGCCAGUCUCACAGUAUCUAUCACCCCUCUACCUUGACAUUCCAUGGAGCUGUAGAAUCCAUCUGUUUGUCCAUCUGCUGAAGUGAGAAAAGAAUUCAUGCACUGAUUUCAAACCAAAAAACAAAAACAAAAACAAAAAAACAAAAAAAAAAACUAAAAACAAAAAACAAACAAAAAAAAUCCCUUAUUUCUAGCUAAACAAAAAUGUGCAGUUAAUACUUGGCGCUUGACAACGCAGUAGUGAGUGUGGACCCAAGCCUGUCUGUAUAUCUGGUAGCUCUUUGCUUUGUUUUUCCUUACCAGUAUUCUGCCUAACGUUUGCUUCUGUGGUGUUGUAUUUACCGAGCAAGCACACCUGUGGUUGUGAAAAUAGUACAGCAAAAAGAGAAAGAAACCCUGCUUACUGAUGUGCUAGACUCGUGUGUGUCUUUAAGCAUUCUAGUUUCACCUUACCCGGAGGAAUCAGGAAAAUGUACAAACUCAAAAGUGAAAUAAAACGUUUUAUCAGUUA